UUUCUCCCUCUCCUCCCCAUUCAUUUCUCUUCCCCCCUACCCCUUCUCUCUCUCUCUCUCUCUCUCUCUCUCUCUCUCUCUAAAACUUUUCUCUCUCACUAAUCCUCUUCCCAAAUUACCCCUCACCUCGCCGGAGUCCCGCCGCAGAUCUCGUCCGUACACCCAUUCCGGUCAUCUCCUCCGUUCCCGAUCUCGAUCUCGAUCUCGAUCCCGAUCCCGAUCCCGAUCCCGAUCCAGAUCACCUUCCCCCUCCCUCCGCCACUUAAUUUCUUUUUUUUUUUCUUUUUUUAAAAAAAUAAAAAAUUCGUUUACUUCUUUGACCCUAUCUUUUUGGAGUCAUUCCCUACGCGCCCCAGCUCCCCCCUUUCACCAACUUUUUUUUUUUUUUUUUUUUUGUAAUUUUGUUUCUCUCUCCUGCUGACGUGGCGCACGAUGCUGAAUCACGUGCUCGGGGUGGUGGUGGCGCCGUCGUCGUCGAGCAAGAAGCGCAAGGAGCGCGACCUCGGCUCGGGGACCGGCGCGCCGCCGGUAGCCGAGCAGAUUCCGGCGCCGCCGCAGCUCAAAGCUGAGCCGGAUAAGACCGGGAACCGGCUCCUAGCCGGUUACCUGGCGCACGAGUUCCUCACGCGCGGGACCAUCCUCGGCAAGGCCUGGGACCCCAACCCCAGGGCCCGAGCCCGAGCCGAGCCGAGCGGGGAGCGGGGCUCCGCCAAGGCGCCGCGGUCGUACGCCGACGUGGCGCACCUGCUUCUCACGGAUGGGGCCCACGUCCCCGGCGUCCUCAACCCCACCCAGCUCGCGCAGUGGCUCCAAAUGUAAGGUACGCGUGGCCGAAACCCAUUCGCUGUUCCCAUUCUUCGGGGACUCGGGAGAGAGAGAGAGAGAGAGAGAGAGAGAGAGAGGCCUCUCUCUCCUCCGCUCCGCCGCGUCGCACGAAUCUCGAGGAAGCGAGUGACCCGAGGUAAGCAGAACGUGAAGGCCAAAAAAAAAAAAAGAAAAAAAAAAAGAGAGAGGAGAAGAGUAUGGUCGUUCUUUUUCUUUUUCUUUUCCUUUUUUCUCUUUCACUUUUUUUUUUUCUUCCUGUUUUUGCAAUUUUGGAUUUUAAAUUUCCCUCUUAUUCGGAAACUCGUGUUGUAAAAUGAAGCGACAGUUCCAUGAACUCGGUGUUGUUCUCCUCUUA